UAUAAAAUUUAAGCGUGUCGUCUCUUUACGCCCCACUGAUACAUAUAAAGGCGUAUCCACAUACAAAGUGUGUCAUAAGAUGAGCCUUUUUUCACCAAGGAUGCGAAUAGUUGAAUUGUGUUGUAGUGUCAAUGACAUGGACAUGGACAGGUCCUUGUGUCUGGAAUGAAGUCCAUACGUGACAUUCUUAAGGAACUGGGUGUGGAUAUAAACAGUAGAUAGAGGUGUUGUGGUCGCAGUUCAAGUUGGCGACCGCAGAAGAGAAACCUUGACCGAAAUGGUAAAAGCGAGCCUCUUCACCGCCGCGGUAGCCUCCUCUAUUAUAAUAUCCAUUAUAAUACCAACCUGUUGUGGCCUCGAGGGACAAUUAAAAAAAUACGUAUUUAACAACAACGGACUUGGAACAUACAGCUUCGAGUACGAAACUCAAGACGGCACAUACAGAAAGGAAGAUGGCGGGUUAAUAAAUGGGCCAGACGGAUCUCUAGUGGUCAGGGGUGAAUACGGUUACAUAGACCCGAGCGGCCGGCCGUUCGUCCUGCGGUAUAUUGCUGAUGAAAACGGUUUCCAACCCCUGUCAGACGACGAUACGAGAUUCAACGAUAGAAGGAUAUUUUUGAUUCAUCUUCUUGCUCUAAUGGUUCAUCAUAACCUUAUAGAGCCGGCCGGUGCUGUCAUUUACACAUACGAGGAUGUCGAGUUGAGAAGAAUUUUCCCGAGCGAGUUUCCACAGGACACUGUCCGGAAAACUGGCCGCGUUGAUGCUGAACACUUGGGCCGUUAUACUGAACUCCGGCAUUACUUUCUGCAUCCGACGUCUGCACUAAACAGUCCUUUUGAAGAAUUAGUCUGCUAUGGCGAACAAGGAAAAAGGAUGUGCCACAUAGACGUGAACAGAUAUUCCUUGGCAGAGAGCGCAUACGUCAUGUCUCAGAAACAAGAAAGUCACAUUGAUCGUCGAAGAGUGGUGUUAUUAGCUCUCGUCGCUGCUUGCUGGGCGGCUCCUCAGCAGAACGCACAGGAGGUGCAGAUCCUCCGUCAGGAAACCGACAACUCUGGCUUGGGCGGAUACCAAUUCGUCUACGAAUUAUCUGAUGGAAGCAAGCACGAAGAAAAAGCAGAGCUAAAGAACCAGGGUACCGAGAAUGAGGCCAUCUCAGUCCGCGGGCAGUACUCGUGGGUAGGCCCCGACGGCGUGACGUAUGUGGUGUCGUACGUGGCCGACGAGAACGGCUUCCAGCCCACCAUCGAGCAAGGGCCUGGCGGAGCGGUCCCCCCCGGCGUCGUCGCCUCACUUCUGGGCUAAAUAUUUAAGUCAAUAAACUGUUUUAACAGUUCUGUAAAUAGCACAAAUUGUGAAGCUGUAUAUAAUAUUUAUAUACUGAUUCAAUAGCUUAAUUCAUAAUAAAGUAUUAUAAAUG